AACAAACUGGGAGGACUGAACACAGGCAGCAGCAGGGACUUUUCAGGCUUUGGGUGGACAUUUGAUGUAGUUUCUAUUCAUUUUAUACCAUUUGUAACUGUUUUUCCUGAAUACUUUGAAUACUUUGCCACACUCGUUUUUUGAUUUUUGAAACGGCUGAAACCCUGAAUCACUAGGCUGCUAGCUACCCGUGUUGCAUAAUAAAACUGGGCAGAUAUUUUUCGACAGGGAAUUUAAUUACAGAGCCAGCAAACAAAAUAGCUAACAGGACGAAGACAUUAAUGAAGUAACGUUUUGUGUUAUACUCAACGAGGAACAAUUAUUCCGAUUUUGGAUCUUGAACCGCAAUAGUACCUGUCUUUGAAAUAGUAUCAAGACAAGUUGUAGAAAGGUUUCGCUAACGUUCGCUAGCUCCAGCAGAAUGACGGCAGUGCAGUUGAUGAACAUCCAGAGGUUAUUGGAAGCGGCAGAAUAUCUUGAUAGAAGGGAGAAAGAGUGUGAACACGGAUAUGCAUCGACGUUUCCGUCGUCAAUUCAGAACACGAACUACCAGAGGCAAAAUAAAUUUCGAAACAAGAAGUUCCACAAUAACCAUAACAGGUCUACACAUAAUGAGUUGGAGAAGAACAGGAGGGCCCACCUGCGUCUGUGUUUGGAGAGGUUGAAGGCCCUCAUCCCUCUGGGAAAAGACUGUAACCGCCACACUACCCUGGGGCUGCUCAACAAAGCCAAAUCACAUAUUAAGAAACUUGAAGAGGCGGACCGUAAGAGCCGUAACCAGCUGGACAGUCUGGAGAGGGAGCAGAGGCACCUCCAGCGCCAGUUGGACCUGCUGCAGGGGGGCACCGGGGCCGGGGUAGGAGGCACUGGGCCGGGGGAGGGAGAGAGGAUACGCAUGGACAGCGUGGGCUCCACCCUCUGCUCCUCCGAGCACUCGGACUCGGACCAAGAGGAGAUUGAGGUGGACGUGGAGUCUACAGAGUUCUCGGAGCACGGGGAACUGGACUCGGUUUCUACGGCCUCCACCAGCGAUCUAGAUGACCACAGCAGCCUUCAGAGUCUAGCCAGCGACGAGGGCUACUCCAGCUGCAGCAUCCUCAAACUCUCCUCAGCCUUCUCCGGAUCCUCCUCAUAGGAGAUGGCUGUUGGGUGUAGACUCCUCCCCCCGGCUCUAAAUCAACAUCCAAAGACCAACCACCUGAACCUGUCCAGCGACGAAGGUUACGAGGGCAGACGUUAAUCCAGCGUCCUCGUCAAACUCAGCGCCUUCUCUGACCGGCCGAUUAGAGUUGUCUCCAGCUCCAACCUGCAAACACCUUGGCCUCCCCCUCCAUCCACCACCCCUGUUGUGUGUCGUCAUGUCACCCAUCUACAUGUAUCAUCGCCCGACUACACCAUCGCCAUGGCAUCCCUCAAGUGGCGCCCUGACAUCCUUCUAACUUCCUGUCUGUAACCCCUCGCCAUCGCACCAUCCUUUGCUCUGCUCCAACUCGCUGCUGAACCUCCAGUCUGAGAACAACCCUCCCCCCCUCGGAACCCCUCAACCCCCCUCCGUCCCAAGCAGAAGGUCCAACCCAACAUGAAGAACAGAGAUUGAUCCAAACACAGAACCAACCUUUAUUUUGAGAAUCUGAAUAAGAGCAAUGGUUUGAGAUUAGAUUUUGACUUGGGUGGCUUUAUGAAUGAUUGAAACUGAAGAUGAAAAAGGAUGUAUUUUUAUAUGCUGGGAUCAGCAUUAUCUUGGUUUUAUUGCAGACAUAAUCGAAGGGAAUUAGACCCCCUUUUUUAAAUCAAACAAUUGAUUAAGUUAUUUUAGAAUCAAACAACAAAAAAACAACCCCAUAUUUUAGCAUCAGAAAUGCACUUACAUUUCUAAUAUAUAUAUUAGAAUAUUUUCUGAUGAGUUUUCUGAGUUUUAAAACCUUGUUUGGUUCUGUGUGUUUGAGUGUUUGCUCUGGUCUUGUGUCUGAAGUCAAGUCAAUGUUCUGCUGGACUUAAAAACCAAUUUGGGAACAAGUGGUAAUUUGGACACAGACUCUGUGGAAUGUCAAGAAGUCUACUUGUCAUAUCAACACAUUUUGGCCCUUGAACGACCGACGCUCCUUUUUAUUUGACAUUUCUUGUCUUUGUGUUUUUUUACCACUGUGCAACCACAGCACUGCAUCCAACAGACACUUGAAAUGGUGCUAAACAGCAACAACAAACCCAUCCACAACGCAGCUCAAACGCUUGUACAACCAACGAUCCUUGUCUGCCGUGUCAUACAGGACGUUUCCAUCCGAACGAAUGGAGGAGAAACAAAGACAUGCAUCAUAUGCAUUCCCAUGGAACGUGGGCGGUGCUCAGUGUGGAAAUCAAUCUUCAAAUGUGUUUUUACAACAACGCAGCUACCACAACAAGCGAUCCUGCACCUGCCUACCUUAUAGCUGUCUAUAGAAACAAAUCGGCACAAUUUAAAAAGAAGGAAUAGCAAGGAACUUUGGACUAUAGAGACGACAUCCAUCCUUUCUCUAUCCAGCAGUAACAAGCAAUAACCGUUUCUACUAUUUUGGUUUCUUUUUGUUUAUUUUAAAUUUCGACCAUUUGACCUCCUGUUUUUCCCCCCUCUCUUUUCCAAGGCAACAGACCUGUGGCCGUCCAAAAAAAAGCUCAUUCAACUUGCAUAGUUUUUUGUACAUAAUUAGAAAUAGCUUAAUAAAUUAACGAUGAAAAAAGGAGUGUAAAAAAAAUAAGUUAGAAAACUUGUGUAUAGAAAAAAACCUAUUGCCUCUGUUGCUGUUUUUGACCUUGUGUUUUUGUGCAUUUUAAAUGAUAUUUUUGAAAAGAUUUAUUCUACUUCUCUCAGAGUGUGACUGGCAAGCGGUCAGUCAGUCGUCCACGUGGCAUGAAUUGGACAGUAAUUGCUUUGUUCAUUUUGCUGGUUGAAACGUUCAAAGGUUACCAUUCUGUAGCUGUCCCCCCUCAACCCCAAGAGAAGUUCCACUUCAUAGUACUUAACUUAAAGUUCAAGACACAACAACAAGAGAACAACAACUAUAUGGCUGUAAUACAAAAUGGCCGCCACCCCAGGACAUCUUCUGUUCAUAAAUACAGAGUUUGUGUGGCACUCUUAUUUAUUCAAGCUUGUUUGUUUCUUACUUUUAUUUUGAAAACUCCUAUAUGGCAUUCCACUGGUGGUAUCUCGUGAGCUGUGGUGGAACUCGAGUCUGAAGUGACAGCACCAAGGUGUAUGAUGAUGUCAUUGACUGUGUGUGUACAUCCUUAGCCCUUGUUACUGAAGCGAGCCCAACUUGCACUUUGAAAAGUCUGGUUUUCCACUGGUAUUCACAUAUCUCUUCAUAUGAAAGAACAAUCCCACCCUGACCCUUGAGUUUUUGAAGUUUAUAUAUUUAUUAGCCUAUUUCUCCAUCCCUCACAGAACCAACACAGAUUGAAAAAAAACCAUGAAAAAAGUUAACUUAUUUGGUUUCUGUCUUAUCUUAUUACUCUUCCUAUUUUUUAAUGAUUUUAUCCCUUAUUUUAAGAUGUAAUGUUUAAAAGUGAAAUAAUUGUUGUUUCCCAAAUGGCACCCUAUUCCCUACAUAGUGCACCCUAUUCCCUACAUAGUGCACUACGUUUGACCAGACUCUGUCAAAAGUAGAGCACUAAGUAGGGAAUAGGGUGCCAUUUGGGAAACAGACCAUGGUGAAUCGUAGUGAAGUCAGUCAGGAUACCAGGCUAAUGUUGUUUUGUUAGACGGACACUUGAAAUGUAAUCAGCCCCCAAGCUGCUCCCAGUACUGAGCCUUGCCUCUUAUGCAUCCACGGUCGAGUUCCAAACUGACCCCAAGCUGCUCCCAGUACUGAGCCUUGCCUCUCAUGCAUCCACGGUCGAGUUCCAAACUGACCCCAGGCUGUAUGGUCAUCUUCUCCUUCUCUGAUAGGCUGGGUGGAGUUUUUGUCCUAACAGUUUACACCUAUCCAAUAAUCCUAGAAUUUGCUAGGAGGGGAUGGGGGUGUAGGGUCAAGGGGUUGAUUUUGGACUCAGCCUACAAUAGCCAAGUCUAAUGGGCAAAUACUGAGCCAGCUACUAUACAAAAUGGGGGCUAAACUAACUAACUCCACACUCUAGUAGGAAGACAAGUAGUAGUCUUUACUAGAUUAUGUUUUAGUCAACAAAAUGUGUCUUACAUUUACAAAAAGCCUCAGAUGAAUAUUAUUGAGAACAAAAACCUAUGGUUUCAACGAAGGACAUCAUUCAAGGUGUAAAGUUAAGAGUGUAAUCUUGAGGGAUUUCAUGAUCUCCUCAAAUUUGGAUGGUUCACUGACGAUGGUGCUUUCUCGAUAGAAACAAAUAAGCCAAACGACCUCAGAACACCAACAGUGUCCUCUUCUCUUUCACAGGGGGCAGAUUACUUCACUCUCCUUCAUUUACACUUUUAUCUUCUAGCGCUUUUUCUUUGUCGUUUUUUGAACCUGCACUAUGAGAAAAAAGGGCCCAUAUUUAAUGAAAAACUGUGUUUUUCCCCGAUACCCUCUCUCUUUUGUGUGUGUUGUCUGGUGUCCUUAGUGCGGCCAUAUAAGUGAUACCUGCUUUUGCCUGUGUAUGGCUAGCAGUAUGUUGUUCAAUCCAGAUUUGGGGGUCUAUUCUAACUCAGUUCCAAUCUGUUCAGUUCAAGAUGGGAAUUUCUUACCUGGUAUCCAAACUGAAUUCACAUUCCAUUUUGCGGAUGGAAUUUAGAUGGAAUUGACCUCCACCCUGAAUAAUGUCACUCCAGUGUACUAGGUAUUGGUCUUAUAGACAAUGACUCGGAGGGGGGGAACAAAUAGCCUGGGACCCAGAUCUGUUUGUGCUGUCUUUCCAACUCCUGUGGUCAUUCUGGUCAAGACAGCACAAACAGAUCUGGGAACCAGGUUAAGGCAGAAUGAAUGGGUAAAAGUAGAUACAACUAUUCCCACCUCCAAACAGGACAGACCUAGCCUGGGUUAAACUAGGCUGAAUGCUGUGAUGCGAGUUAGCGUAGCAUUCAGUCUGGUUUAACCAGGCUAUAGGAGAGACUAUAGUCCCCUUGUUGUUCAGAUGAACUCUGUGGCCAUCAAUCCUUUGUAGAACAUGCUCUCUGAUGAUGAUGAUUCUCGCUGUGUAAGUUUGAAAAUGCAAUACUUACAAUAAAACACCAAGAUUUUCAAACCGGAA